AUGGGCGGCACUGAGGAAUCACAGCCUCCAACAAACAACAAUGGCUUUGGCAAUGCUGAACGACGGCAUGGAGAGUCACAGUCGGCCGACUUCCUACCCUCACAUCAAGCUUAUGCCGCGUCUCCAACCCAAGAUGUCGACCCCAACACCCGAUAUCCUCCUACCCCUCCUACAGCCAUCGCUCCCUUGACCUCUCGUCCAAAUUCUGGCUUGUCGAGCAACGGCGGGUACGGAAACGUACAGUCUACAUAUCAAGAUCAGAAUCCCCGCGCUGGUGACCAGAGCCGGAACAAGAACAGCGUAGUUAUCAAGGUUGGCAUGGUGGGAGACGCACAGAUUGGCAAGACGUCCCUUAUGGUCAAAUAUGUCGAGGGAAGCUGGGACGAAGACUACAUACAAACGCUCGGUGUCAAUUUCAUGGAGAAGACCAUUUCAAUCCGCAACACCGAAAUCACGUUCUCUAUCUGGGAUUUAGGGGGACAACGGGAGUUCGUGAACAUGCUGCCUUUGGUAUGCAACGAUGCUGUGGCUAUCCUGUUCAUGUUCGACUUGACCAGGAAGAGCACUCUCAACAGUAUCAAGGAGUGGUAUAGGCAGGGCAGAGGUUUCAACAAAACCGCCAUUCCCUUCUUGGUCGGCACCAAGUAUGACCAUUUUGUCAAUUUUCCAAGGGAAGAUCAGGAGGAGAUCUCAAAUCAAGCUCGCCGAUUUGCGAAAGCAAUGAGAGCAAGUCUCAUUUUCAGCAGUACAAGUCACAGUAUUAAUGUCCAAAAGAUUUUCAAGAUCGUGCUUUCGAAAGCUUUUGAUCUCAAAUGCACAAUCCCUGAAAUUGAGAACGUUGGAGAACCCCUUCUCCUCUACCAAUCUGUGGGUUAA